UUUCCAGAAUGCUGUUUGGUUGCGCAGAAAGCUGCGGAAAAUCUGAGCCAAUCCAUGCUCUUUUUUCUUUUUCUCUCAGUUAUUCAAACGUGUUUUAAAGGGUUACACAGUGACAAUUGGGGUUUUUUUUCACUGCUCCAUUGCGAAGGGUUCUUCACGGUUUUCAGUUAUUGCGAUUACGAUUCUAUGAUUCGAUUCACUUAAUCACUGAGCCUCUCAACCCUUCUCCAUCAUCCUGCAUUUGCCCCAAAUUCUGUGCAAUGCCUUUGCCUGGCCAUGAACUCUGAAAAUUCGAGCUCGGCUGCAUAUUUUUAGAAGGUUUGAAUCUUGCUGCAAUGGCAUCUAAGCAAGGAUCACAGACAAGAAAAGCAGGGUCUAGCAAGUUGAAGGUUGCUGAUUCUCCUGCAUCUUCAACUACUUCAUCUUCGAAGCUUUAUCCAGAUACAUCUAUCGAUGGCCACAGCUCCCCUGCUUCUUCAUCUGCUCGAAGCAAGCCUCAGUUCUUCUAUACGGAAAGCUUACCACCGAGAGUUGACCGAUCCAAAGAAAAUGUCACAGUGACAGUUCGCUUUCGUCCACUCAGUCCAAGGGAAAUUCGCCAAGGGGAGGAGAUAGCAUGGUACGCAGAUGGGGAAACAAUUGUACGAAAUGAGUAUAAUCCAUCGAUAGCUUAUGCCUAUGAUCGUGUUUUUGCCCCUACAACCACAACACGCCAUGUCUAUGAUGUUGCUGCUCAGCAUGUCGUUAGUGGUGCUAUGCAGGGGAUCAAUGGCACCAUCUUUGCAUAUGGAGUUACCAGCAGUGGAAAAACUCACACAAUGCAUGGUGACCAGAGAUCUCCUGGAAUUAUACCAUUGGCAGUGAAAGAUGCUUUCUGCAUUAUUCAAGAGACAUCUGACAGAGAAUUUCUCCUACGUGUUUCCUACUUGGAAAUAUAUAAUGAGGUUGUUAACGAUUUAUUGAAUCCAACAGGACAAAAUUUGAGGAUCAGAGAAGAUGAGCAGGGAACCUAUAUUGAAGGGAUUAAAGAAGAAGUUGUUUUAUCCCCUGCUCAUGUGCUUUCUCUAAUAGCUACUGGAGAAGAGCAUCGACAUGUUGGGUCUACAAAUUUUAAUUUGCUCAGCAGCCGGAGUCAUACCAUUUUUACAUUGACGAUAGAGAGUAGCCCCUUGGGUGAAAAUAAUGAAGGUGAAGCUGUACAUCUAUCGCAGCUGAACCUCAUUGACUUGGCAGGUUCUGAAAGCUCAAAGGCUGGAACCAGUGGUUUAAGACGAAAGGAAGGAUCAUAUAUAAAUAAAAGUUUGCUGACUCUAGGGACAGUAAUAUCAAAGCUUACAGAUAGGAGAGCCAGUCACAUACCAUACAGAGACUCCAAACUAACACGGCUCCUUCAGUCCUCAUUGAGUGGUCAUGGUCUUGUAUCUCUCAUUUGUGCAGUCACUCCUGCAUCAAGCAGUUCGGAAGAAACCCACAACACAUUGAAAUUUGCCCAUCGCGCAAAGCAUAUUGAGAUUCAAGCCUCACAGAACAAGAUAAUCGAUGAGAAGUCAUUAAUCAAGAAGUAUCAAAAUGAGAUACGCAAGCUGAAGGAGGAGUUGGAACAGCUUAAAAGAGGAAUCAUACCAGUUCCUCAACUAAAGGAUAUCAGUGAAGAUGAUAUUGUUCUCCUGAAGCAGAAGCUAGAAGAUGGUCAAGUCAAGCUGCAAUAUAGGCUGGAAGAAGAGGAGGAAGCUAAAGCAGCUCUCUUGAGUAGAAUUCAAUGGUUGAAGAAGUUAAUUCUGGUGUCGAAUAAAACUCCACAAUCAUCACGAUUCUCUCACCGUACUGAUUUUCGUCGGAGACACUCAUUUGGAGAAGAAGAGCUUGCUUACCUACCAUACAAGAGGCGGGACUUGAUGGAUGAUGAGAACCUUGAUUUGUAUGUUUCACUAGAGAGGAAUCCUGAGAUGAGAGAUGAUGCAUCUAGAGAAGAGAAGAAGACGCGGAAGCACGGAUUAUUAAAUUGGUUGAAGCUUAAGAAAAAAGAGAACAAUUUAGGAUCAUCAAGCAUCAGUGACAAGUCGAGUGCAGUUAAGUCCAACAGUACACCUUCGACUCCUCAAGCAGGAGGCAGUAAUUUGCAUACAGAGUCAAGACUUUCAGAAAACGCCCCACUGGCAGAUCAAGUUUCAGAGCCUGGGAAAGAUAGAGAAGCUCCUGAAGACAGUUUCCAUGAAACAGAGACACCAGAGACUAGCAUAAAAAUAACCAAUCACAUUGAUCUACUGCGGGAACAGCUAAAGAUUUUGUGUGGGGAGGUGGCUCUACAAUCGAGUUCUUUAAAACGGUUGUCAGAAAAAACUGGAAAAGCCCCUCAAAACGAAGAGAUCAAAUUUUUUCUUAAGGCGGAGAUCAGCAAGCUCACCUAUGACAUCAAGGCAAAGAACAACCAGAUCGCUAUGUUGGAGAAACAAAUAGCAGAUUUUGUUACGGCAUCACAUGACACAUUGGGUAAAUCUGAAAUCUUACAGGCUGUUGACGAAUUGAGGGCUCAAUUGAAUGAUAAAUCUUUUGAACUCGAGGUUAAAACUGCAGAUAAUCGCAUCAUCCAGGAACAACUCAAUCAAAAGAUGUGUGAAUGCGAAGCAUUGAAAGAAGAAGUUGCAAACCUAAAGAAACAGCUCUCCGAUGCCCAGGAACCGAGAAGUGCGAGCUCAACAAGCGUCUCCAGUGAUUACAGAUCCAAGAGCGAAACCCCGAGCAUGGAAGACAGAAACGACAAGAGAAUCCUACAAGCACAGGCAUUUGAAAUUGAAGAGCUGAAGCAGAAAGUUGUGGAACUAACCAAAUCAAAGGAACAACUCGAACUCCGAAACGGGAAACUGGCUGAAGAGAGUUCAUAUGCUAAAGGGCUUGCAUCUGCUGCUGCAGUUGAGCUCAAGGCAUUGUCCGAGGAAGUUGCAAAGCUCAUGAAUCAUAACGAGAGAUUAGCAGCCGAGCUGGCAGCCCAGAAGAACUCUGUCAUAUCCCGUAAUAAUAGGACAGGAACCCUAAGGAACGGACGGAGAGAGAGCCUUGUAGUAAAGAGGCAUGAACAAGAAUCCUCCUCUCUGCUGAAGAGAGAACUCACCAUGAGCAAGGAACGUGAGCAUUCAUAUGAAGCUGCCCUCUUCGAGAAAGACCAGAGGGAAGCCGAGCUUCAAAGGACGGUAGAAGAAUCGAAGCAAAGGGAGGCUUAUCUCGAAAACGAGCUCGCAAACAUGUGGGUUCUUGUUGCCAAGUUGAAGAGUUCCCAUGGAGCUACCGAGUCAGAGAUCUCUGACUCGGUGACUCAGUAACAGAGACUGGACAAAUCGAUCAUUAACUGACCACUAUACGACUUGACUUGUGGGCUCUUCGAGGUUGUUUUGUCACUCUCUCCUCUCUUCUUCUCUGUUGGAUCUGUCUCUUUGUUUAUAAUCUGUAAAGGAAGUGUGAUGAAGGCAGCUAUUUGUUCCCUUUUUCCAAAGUGUAAUUUCAUAAAACCUACCGGCAGUUUGAAUCUUUGUUA